CGUAAUAACUGAACAUCGAAGGAUUGCGAUGCGCCUUGUCUAUUUUGGUGCGGUACUCUGGCACCAAGAUUUUUCUCUAAAUGUCUAGUUUAUGAUUGGACCAUAUUUAUUGGAAAUGAUGUUGGAGGUUAAAAAGGCAUUUAUUAGCUUUCUAAGGAUGAGCAAUGAUUCAAGUCCUUCUGAUCCUUUAAAAAAAACAUGUUCACAUGGAAGUGUUCAUGUAAACGGACAUUAUCCUAGUCCAGUGCCUAACAAUAGAGUUAUUCACAUGGAAGACUACAAUAAAAACAAUGACCAUGGUCCUCGUCUUAGUUUCAAGCGAUUAACCUUAUCUGAUUCGCUUGAUCUAGCUGGAAAUCGCAUUCAGUCGCAUUUGUAUUCCAAGCUUGAUCCAGAGGCGAUCGAACUUGACCUAAUGUGUGCUGAUAAAAUUUACUCUUCAAAAGAAACUUCAAGUAAUGGUCAUUUAUUUUGUCCCGUCCCACUUGAUGGUGAUACCUUUUGUGAUCAUUGCAACCAGCCUAUUUGGGAAUUUGGUUGGCGUCCAGUAUGUUUAAAGUGUGCAAAAUGCCAUAUGACCUGUCACUGGCUGUGCAAAACUGAGGUUACAGUUUUGUGUGAUGAAGACGCCAAGACCUCUCAUCAAGUUACUGAACCAAAUCUAUUUCCCCCAAUGAUUGUUUCGGGGAACGAUUUAGAACAACAGGUUGACAGCUCAGUCUCUAAGUUAUCAACAAGUCCGGAAAACGAUAGCACUAAUUAUAUGUCGUCUGAAGGAACUUUAGUUAAGUCUUCCCAACUGGAUUUCCAUGUAAAUAAUCACCUAACUUCUGAAUGUGAUAUACCAUUACUUGAUACUGUUUCUCCAAAUGAAUUAGAUGGAGUGAAUAGUCCUGUUGACAAAACGAUUGAUCAUCUUGCGUUCGAAAGAGUUGCUUUACAAUCAAUCUCUCCUAGUUCGAGUCAGUACACUUUCAUGACUACAAACUUCAACACACCGUUAAACGUUCCUGCUAAACUGGAUAAUGGAAUAUCAAUAAUGCAGAAGGCUGAAUGUUUAUCUCAAUCAACAUUGUCAAGGCGUGCUACUGAGUUUCACAAAUCGAAAACAUCAGUUGAUGUAAAAUUAGUCAGUAGGCAUUCAUUUCUAUGCGGAAAUAAACCAAACCUUUGCCUAGCUUAUGAUUUUUCAAGCUUAGAUAAGGAGGCAAUUCGAGAUCGAGGGAUUCUUGUGAGACAACUAAGCCCAUCUCUUACUGAAUUAAAAAACACUUCUAAACCACUUCAGAACACAAAUAUUAUCUCAGAUACCUCGAACUCCAAUCCUUUUACCCGUUCAGAUGAAAGUUCGUUUCCAGAAAAAGAAGUUUCUGAUAUUGGCCUUGCCAGUGUGAUGCAAACAACUCAGGAAUUUGUUCGAACCAAACAAAAACGAAGCUUUCAAACUCAUCUACGUUCUUCAAACGCGCUCCCAUUAAUCCCUAUGGUGGUUGGACCGCGAGCAAUAUUGCCUUGGUCUUCUGAUCGUUUGAAACAGUUAAUUCAAAUCUUUAGUGUAAAUGAAUUCGGAUUACAAGCUGCUAGUCUAACUGGUGCUGAUUCAUGUGAUUGCGAAGGUCAAGUUCGUGUACAUAUAAACUUACUCCGCCCUAUUCAAAUGUUACUUACAGCUAGACCAGCUUCCAUUUUCGACGUAGUUGGUGCAAAAAGCGAUGAAACAGAUGAUGAUGAUAAUGAAGAAGAUGACGAUGGGGCAGAUGUUAGUGAUCGAUCUGAAGAUGAUCAGAAUCUUUGGUUGGUCCAAGGCGACAACAAUAAUAACUGCCAUCUUGUUUCGAAACAACACCCUUCUAAUACACCACAUUCCUUUGUAUCAGCCAACAUUCCAUAUUUUUCACCAAAUAAUAAAGUGCAUAAAGCUGAUGGAAAUAUUGUUGAGUCACAUCGUCGGUUAGGUAGAACAACUUCAACAGUAUCUACUUUUCGGUUACCAAGAGGAAGCACAAAAUUGUUGCAUGUUCGACUAUCGACAACUGCACAAAUGGUUAUCUGUGCACUACUUGAUCGAUUUGGUAUACGAGAUAAUCCUCAAAAGUUUGCUUUAUAUGAACACACAAUUGAAGGUGAUCAGAAAGUUUCUGUACGAAAAUUAUUUGAUAAUGAAUCACCGUUGGGGUUACUAUUCAAGUGGGCCGAUCAAGAUCCAAGUAAUUUUAACAACAUUCUGAGUGUGAAGCGAUUAGUAUUACAGGAGAAUGAAACUGGUGAUAUUGAAUGGACCACAUUUAGUUUAUCAGAAUUGUAUACAUUUUUGGGAAUAUUGAAUCGUGAAGAAAGUGAUUAUCGUAGACGUAUUGAAAUGAAAUAUGAAAUACGCAGGAAAGAAAUAAAACGUUUAAUGGAACUACAUAAUAAUAAAUUUAAAUCUUUAGACAAAUCAUUCAAUCGUCAAUUUAAUUCUGUUACUUCGGAUGUAACCACUGUAAUUGCUGAACGAUAUGAAAAUGAAGCAAUAACUAAACAAUCAUGCGAUGAAAAUUCGGAAUUUAAUGCCUAUUCUUGUAUGGAUUCAUUGUCUGCACCGGUUUCGCCAACGUUAUUACGUAAAACAAACAAACAGAUAAAUUUAAACGAUGAAAAGUCAACUUUACCAGGAGUUUCAAACUCACCAGAUUCUUGUUCAUCUCCAGAGGCAACACUCAAUCGUAAUACAAUUAAACACAGCCAACUUUCUGAUGCUGUAUCCACAUUACCUCGUGUACCAUCAAAUAAAAUCUCUGGAAUAUCAAAUACUUCUAAUAAGAUUCCUUCUAUAUUCAAAUCGUUUUCUAAUUUUAAAGCUAAAAAAGCUGAACUUGCUCAACAAAAAAGAUUAGCUAAAAUGGAAAAAGCUCGUAUUAAAGCAGAACAACAACAACAACAGCGUAAAGAAAAAAUUAAAAAUCAUCCACUUUCUUCAUGGAAAUGGCGUGGAUUUGGCACACUUUCUCCGUCUAGUUCUUCAUCAAUGUCCCCUACUGGAUUGUCACCAUCAUCAUCACAUCAAUAAUGAUAUAUCGACUGCACUGCAUUGUGAUCAUAUUCUUAUUUAUUUUUGUCAAGAAAUGAGCAGAUUAAUUGAUUACAUACUAUUUUCUGUUUUCUAGAGCCUCUCUACUUCAUUACAUAGUGUCUUCCAGUUCAAUUAUGUAAAUAUUUACUUGUUUUUUUAAAGUCUUUUUCAGGCACGUUUUGUUUAUUGCAUCAGACUUUUAGAUUUUUAUCAAACUUCCCUAUGCUUCCUUCACUUUUUCCCUUGCUCGUUUUUUUCCCUCUGUCUAUUUUAAACUAUCUUUAUUUACUCCAUUACAAGCACCACAGAGGCCUUUUAUCAUUAAAUGGAUUCUUUUUUUCCUUAAUGCACAAUAAUAAAAUUCUAGUCUAUUUAUUUUGUCCAAUAAGUAUUUCUUUUUUUCUUUUCAGCAGCAAAAAACCCUGUUUUAUUAUGUUACAGUUCAGGUCCAGUAUAUACGAAGCGAAUUAUUUUCUAGAAUAUGAUCAAUCAUGUACAAUAGUAAUAAUGAUAAUAUAUUUGUUUACUAUUAUUGCAUGUAUGUGCAUGUACCUUCUUUGUUUUCAAUAGCUCACAUAUUAGGAAACAUAUAGAUUGACAUUACCAAUUUACAAUUAUUUUCUUUUCAAUUUAUUUGAAAAUCACUCCAAAUAUUCAUUCAUUUUUAAAUCUUCAUUUGGACAUGUUUCAGAAUGUUUUUUUUAAUAAAUGAAAAACAAAAAUAAAUUCUCUUUUCAUAUUAUAAUAUGUACAAUUUUACAUAGAUAACCAAGUAUGAAAACUCAGCUCUUGAUUAUAUGGAAGUUAUGAAUACUUUUGAAAAGUAGUUCAGUUUUAUUCUUCUUCAUGAUGUUGGCAAUAGAUUCACUGGAAAAUAAAUCCUGUACAUCCAAGUGGAUAUUUUCUUCUUCUUAUUAUUAUUAUCUAUUCUGUCAUAUUAAAUCUUCACUUUGGUUGGCAAGUAUAGGUGUACAUUAAGUUUUAUAAUCUUCAAUGAGUUUACGACUAUAAUCCCCAGGUUAUCAACUGUUAACUAUAACUGCUUCAAUUUAGGUGGUCAUUGUGUAGCACAAUCUAUCCGUGUUGUAUUUUGGUAACUGUCGUGAUCAGACAUAAGAACAAAGGGAUUGCAAUAUUGGAUGUAACUUAACUAGAUACAUCAACGACUAAUGCACGACAACAUUUCAUCUCUGUCUACCCUAUAUAAGUAAAAACAAAGACAGGACAAUACCAGAGAGCUUUUAUGUCUCCAAAAAGGUAGUAUGGUAUUUUACAAGAAAAUAAUCAAUCGGAACAGAUUUCAGAUGGGCAAAUAACAAUAGUAACUUAUUUUGGCAAUGAUAUUGAUUUGGGCUAGCAUCAAUAGUCCUCACUUUUUCUAAAUUGUUGUGCUACUGCCUAAUAUAUGAACUGGUGAAUUCCUGUAUAAAGAGCAGGCAGAAUUCUCAGGAAAAAAUGAAUUAACUCUACCUCAAGACCUCUCAUCAGCUGUAAACAACAUAAUGUCAUAGACAAUAACAUGAUGAUAAGCAAUUGUUUGACAUCGGUUAAUGAGGCUGAGUUGAAGAUUUAAUGCGUGACGGGAAAUCAUAAGAAGUAAAAGGUUCAAGAUAUAUUAAUUGAAGUCGAAAGGGACGGUUGAAUACAUAAAAGAGUAAAUCACUUAGAAUAGGUGAGGUAAGCAUUUAUUUACCAAAAAUUAUAAUAAAAAUGUGGGAUUACAUAAUCAUAGUAAGAAUAAGUGGAUGCGUCAUCAAUUGACAUGAAUAAAGGCGGGAAUCAAAUUAAUGAGUGAAUAUUGACGGAAAGGUUGAAGUGUGGGAAUGUAACAAGAUUAUCUGUGUGCAGUUAUACUUAUCAUGACAAAGGAAGACUGAUCUCGGUUUUCUGUCGGAGUAGUUUAAUGCCAGUAACCUUUGCAAAAUGAAGUCCGAGUGACGCUUGCUCAUUGUUAAUUAUACGGAAUGCCUUAUAGUGCCUGGUCUUGGUGAGGAACUUUAAAGUAAAAUAACUUCAUUUGAUUCCGCAAAUGUUAAAAGCAGUAGUAUUGUUUCUCGUGAACUAUGUUAAUUUUCGGCACGUUCAUAUUUCUGUUAAACUUUUUUUAUAUCUUAUAUGUGAUAAUGAUAGACUUUAUAUAAGCUGAAGUAUAACUCCAUUUCUUAAUCUAAAAUACAAGCUACAUUCCCGAUUGGUUAUAUACUUACAAUCAAUUCUACCGAUUACUUCAUAGAAUAUAUUUCAUAAGUUUCUAUAUCAAAUGUGAUCACUUAUAUAUAUUUUAUUGACUGGAUGUCUAACUACAUCUUUUCUUAACAAAAAUAUAAAAAUUAUUUUUCAAGAGAUAUCUUAAAAAUUUCACUGUUUGAAAUCAUGAGUCAACUGAAGCUAGACCACCAUGGAAAACCUGGAAGCACUGUAUGGCCAUUUCGUCCUACUGUGAGACUCCUCAGCAGUGCGCAUCCACGAUCCUGCCCCCCGCGAGAUUCGAACCCAAGACCUAUCAGUCUUGCGCCAGGCGCUUAACCAACUAGACCACUGAACCGGCAUCCAACGGUUGAGUGUAAUGUUAAACUUUACAUAAUUCUUAACUAGGUGUCUAUUAAAUAAUUUUUAUUGAUUUAUUUAUUUGGAGUAGUUAGUUGUUGUUAAUCUUAUUCAGAGUAUGUUUAUUCCAUAGUUCUCAAGUAACUAAUCAAAUCAUUUUUAAUUUCAUACUAUUUGGUUAAAAUCCUGUUGUUUCAUUAACCAAUAAUACACACAU